AACCUACAAUAUCUGUCAAAGAACGAAGCAUGUAAGUUAUAUUUUUGAAGUUUAGUUUGUUCAACAGUGGUGCUUUUUUAGUUAGUGUUUCAAGAUGCAAAACGACGACGUUGUGUGGAGUAUAAUCAACAAAUCAUUUUGUUCUCACAAGGUGAAUACAAAAACCCAGAAGUUUUGUAGAAAUGAAUACAACUUGACAGGGUUAUGCAGCAGGAAUUCUUGUCCAUUGGCUAACAGUCAAUACGCUACCAUUAAAGAAGAAAAUGGUGUAAUUUAUCUUUAUAUGAAAACAGCAGAAAGAGUUGCUUUCCCCAGCAAAACCUGGGAAAAAGUCAAGUUGUCAAGAAACUUCGAUAAAGCCAUACAUCAAAUUAACGAAAACUUGUUAUACUGGAAUGGUUUUAUCAAAGCUAAAUGUAAGCAGAGGUUCGUUAAAAUUACACAGUAUCUUAUUCGCAUGAGAAAACUCAAACUAAGAAGGCAGAAACUUCUUGUACCUAUUCAACAAAAAGUGGAGAGACGUGAAAAACGAAGGGAAGAAAAGGCAUUACUUGCAGCAAAAAUUGAUAAAGGCGUGGAACAGGAACUUUUGGAUCGUCUCAAACAAGGUGUAUAUCAAGAUUUAUACAACAUACCCCAAAUGGCAUUCGAUAAUGCUUUGAAGGAAAAUGAAAUUGAAUCAGAGAUAGAAGAAGAGGAAUCUGAAGACGAAGAGAACAUGAAAGUGGAUGCGGAGGUAGAAAAAGAGCUUAAUGAAGAAACGGAAGAAUUUGUAGAAGCCGAUUAUGAAUCCGAUGAAAGUGAGAGUGGAUCUACAGAACUGGUUGAAAUGGAAAGUGACUUUGAAUCGGAAGAGGAAAUUGAAGAAAUUGUACCCAAGAGAAGGAGGGUCCAAGUUGAAUAUGAACCUGAACAACAAUUAUUAUUGAAUUGAAAUUUAGUUACAAUAAAAUUAUUUAAAACCUACAAAGCAAGUAAUUCUUUCAUAUUACACUACUGUAGAUGAUAGAAGGUGAUUUUAUUUCAAAUAAAAGUUAUACUUUA